AUGAUUAAUAGUUUUGUCUCUACAACUAAAAAAGUUACUACCUCCAUCCCAACAAAUGAUAUUUUUCCAAUUAGAGAGGAAUAUACUGAAGAUAUUAGGUCAAUGCUUCAAAAUAAUUUAAAUCAAUUUUUGGAAGUGGUAAAAAAAGAGGUACCAAUGUUUUACCUUUAUAAAGGUAUUGAAGGUAGAGUUAAGGAAAUUGAGUCAAUGAAUAGAAAAUUGGUUACUAAAAAUAAACAUAGUUGGAAAGAUGUUUCUGAUUAUUGUGGUGUUCAAAUUAUUGUUCAUCCUUUUAAAAAUAUAAAAGAAAUCAUUCAUAUGUUAAAUCAUUUAACAAAAAAACAUAAUUUCAAAAUAGUAAAAGAAGAAAAUAUUUUACCAAAAGAUUCUACAUCAUUUGGAUAUAGGGCAACUCAUAUUGAUUCAAUAUUUAAUGAUUUAAAGGUCGAAAUUCAAAUAAGAACUAUUUUUCAAGAUAUAUGGGGACAAUUGAGUCAUCAACAAUAUGAAAUUGCAAGAUUAAAUGGUUAUGAUAAUGCCCAUAAUUUACCAAGAGAUAUUAGUCAAAUAUCUUCUCUUUUGGAAAUAUCUGAAGUUCUUUCAGGUUUAUUGGCAAGUAACCACUCUCAACCAAUACCAACUUCUAAAGUUGAAUCACCAGAUCAAAUGAAACUUUUGUUUGCUAAAAAAUUUAAGUACGGAGGUCAUAUGACCAAUUGGGAAUUUGGAGUUCUUUUUGAAGUUUCAAAACUUGGUGGAAUUAAUUCACCACAUGAACUUGAAAAAAAGUGGAUUGAAUUUUCAAAAAAAUUAAAUAACCCACCAGAGUCAACGCCAAAUGUAAUUUUUAAAUUUGCUCAAUACUUAUUUAUUGGAGAAUCCUUUAAUCCAAAUAUUAUCACUGAUUCAAAAGUAUCUUAUGAACUCCUUCAUAAAUUUAAAAAUGUUUUGUCGAAUAUUCCAUUAAUAUGA